UGGAGCCGAAUAGCCAGAUGUGUUUUAACGAGUAAACGUAAAGUAGUACUGUAUAUGUAAACAAGAAACGGCAGUUGUUUAUCAGUUAACUACAGUCAUGGAAAAGCUUCUGCAAAUGUGUUUGCUGCUUUUAUCAAUUCAACUGAUUCAAUUUGCGUCGGAGAGCGAUGGAUGCUCAUGCAUGGUAACUCACCCGCAAGAAAUAAUAUGCCGAGAAAACUCAUACGUUGCUUUAGUUCGAGUUCAAAGUCAGAACAUCGUACGAGAAAAAAACGGAGGGCGGGGGAAACGCUCUUCAAAUCCCGACAACCUUAUUUCUGUUACCCGAACCCGUUUGGAAGAGAAUGAAAUAAGCGACAAAGAAUCAAAUCUAAUGGUUCCUACACCCCCUACACGUGAAGUUAUUAUACGGGAUGAGAGUAAAACCGGGCUAGAACAUCGGCGUUACAGAAUUAAAAUACACAAGAUUUUCAAGGGCUUCAAGGCUGGAACUGACAAAGAGAAGUUGUACUUAUAUUCAGCUAUGGACGAAGCUCUCUGUGGGGUGAAGUUAGCUAAUCGCAAAACGUAUUUGAUUAUCGGAACUGUUUCAAACGGACGAUUAACAGUAAGCUUGUGCGACCGCGUGAUCCCUUGGAAGACAUUGCCAAGAAUCGAACGAAGAAAUAUUAAGAAAAACAUGAAACUUGCGACAAGUUCUUGUGAAGUUGGCUGUAAAGUUACUUCGUGUCCAUGGGAAGACUGCCUUCCAAAGAGCCGUAAAGAGUGUACAUGGACUGGGGAAAUGGAAAGGGCGUACGGAGUUGGGUUUUACAGAGAGAAUGUCAUGUGUGUUGCUGACAGACGGGGAGACUGCAACUGGAACGUUGGGGCAAUUAAAAAGCAAAGUAAGAAGCAUAGAAGAAGACGACAUAACCACCAAGACGGGAGGAACGCACAUCAUUCUCUGCCCUAAUCGCUCAUUCCAUGCCCUAACUGGCUUUCAAUUUAAUAUUUUUGCAAAACACUUCGCGUUUUUUUGCGCAAAAAUAUGCCCGUAUUCUCACCAAAGCAACAAGCGUUAGUUCUGUAAAUACCUAUGCUAAUUAUCGAUCCUAUUUUAGCUUUUUUCUGUAUAACUUCGCUGUUGAUAUUAUUUUUGCCAGAACCUUGUACGUUUUUUACUUUUUCUUUAUACGUAUCUAAGAUUACGUAUAAAAAAACGCACCUUAAUUUUUAACGCAUCGAAUUUGAAAAAAGAAAAAAAAAAACAUUGACAUGGCUUUUUUUCUGAAUAUUAAUUAUAAACCAAGAUGUUAUUAUUCUUUCAUAUACGCUGGUCGUAAACCAAUAUUAUUUCGUUGCGUUAUAUUUAAUAAAUCGACAAGCAAUUCCGGGAUGAA